AUUCCUCCGCAUAUUACGAUGAAUUGUGACUCUACUACUUGUUACGGAGCGGAAGAACUAAAUCGCCGAAUUGAGUCACCCCCCAUUGCCCCCGCCGAAAUUUAGGAACCACUUUCGCCUGCCCCUCAUUGACGAGUCAAACGUGAACAAUCAAAACCCAAUUGUCAACAUGGCCGAUUCCGAACAACAGCCCGCCGCGGCUCCCGAGAAGCUCUACGAUGACCCCGUUACUGGAGAGCGUAUCUCCAAGAGCGAGUUGAAGAGGCGCGAGAAGAAGAGGGAGGCCGAGCGCAAGAAGGCAGAGAAGGCAGAGAAGUCUGGUGCUGCCGUUCCCAGCCGACCCAAGGAGAAGUCCGCAGAAGAGUCUGAGAAGGACUUGAACCCCAAUCAAUACUUCGAGAUCAGGUCGAGGGCCAUCAAUAAGCUCCGAACUUCUAAGGAGCCCAACCCAUACCCGCACAAGUUCCAUGUGAACACAAGAUUGGGAAGCUUUGUCGAGGAGUACGCUCACCUCAAGAAGGGCGAAACUCUUCCCGAGAAGGAGAUCCGCGUGGGUGUCCGGAUCAUCACCAAGCGCGCGUCUGGAAAUGCGCUCCGUUUCUACGACUGCAAGGCCGAGGGCAUUACGCUCCAAAUCAUGUGCCAAUCGCAAGAGGCCAAGGGUGACGUCCCUUUCGCUAGCCAGCAUGACCACCUUCGACGAGGAGACUGGAUUGGUGUUGUUGGAUACCCCGGAAGGACAAACCCCAAGAAGGGCGGAGAGGGAGAGCUCAGUAUCUUUGCCCAGGAGGUGAUCUUGCUCACACCCUGCCUGCACCAGUUGCCAACCGAGUACUUCGGUUUCAAGGACCAGGAGCAGCGUCACAGGCAGAGGUUCCUCGAUCUUAUCAUGAAUGACCCUGUCCGAAGCACUUUCUUCACCCGUACGAGGAUCGUCAAGUAUAUUCGCAAGUACUUGGAUGAGCGCGACUUCUUGGAGGUGCAAACACCGAUGAUGAACAAGAUUGCUGGUGGUGCCACAGCCAAGCCCUUCAAGACUCAUCACAACGAACUUGACAUGGAGCUUUAUCUCCGAAUUGCUCCUGAGCUCUUCCUCAAGGAACUUGUUGUUGGUGGUAUCGAACGUGUUUACGAGAUUGGUCGUCAGUUCCGUAACGAGGGUAUUGAUCUAACACAUAACCCCGAGUUCACAACUUGCGAAUUCUAUAUGGCAUUUGCUGAUGUGUACGACUUGAUGGACAUGACAGAGGAGAUGGUCUCAGGCCUCGUAUAUGAGAUCUUUGGCACAUACAAGACCAAGUACCACACGCAAAACGGAACAGAGUAUGAAGUGAACUGGGAAAGACCCUGGGCCAGAAAGGAUAUGAUGCCAGAGCUGGAGAAGGCCACUGGCGAGAAGUUCCCUCCUCAUGACCAGCUUCACACUCAGGAGACAAACGAGUUCCUCAAGCGUGUCUUGAAGAAGAUGAAUGUGGAUUGCCCACCACCGCUCACCAACGCUAGAAUGAUUGACACCUUGGUUGGUGAAUAUAUCGAGGAGACUUCCAUUAACCCAACAUUCAUCUUUGGUCACCCCGAAAUGAUGUCACCGCUUGCCAAGUACUCUCGCGACAGGCCAGGCCUCUGCGAGCGUUUCGAGGCUUUCGUCUGCAAGAAGGAGAUUUGCAAUGCAUACACCGAGUUGAACGAUCCAUUCGACCAGCGCAUGCGUUUCGAAGAGCAAGCCAGACAGAAGGACCAGGGUGACGAGGAAGUCCAGCUCAUUGACGAGACUUUCUGCCAGUCAUUGGAGUACGGUCUUCCCCCGACAGGAGGAUGGGGUCUCGGAAUUGACCGAUUGGUCAUGUUCUUGACCGACCACUACAGUAUCAAGGAAGUUCUCACCUUCCCCUUCAUGAAGGACGUAGUUGAGGACAAGAAGAAGACCGCCGCUGAAGUCGUCGACAUUCAGCCUGUCCCCGUUGAGGGCAUUCGUAGGUCAUGUUUCUACUCUAGACUAUCGGAACAUACUGACAGACGCAUAGCCCACAAAUAAAUACCAAUUCGGUCUUACAUAGGCGUCCUGGAAAAACAUUAGGGCGGUAUUGGAAAACAUUGACCACAAAGAUUGGAUCAUGGAAGGGGAAGUACAGUAACGGAUUAGAAUAAAAAAUUCCAAGAUACAUCGUCUUUGCUAUAUCCCGUUCAAUUCAGAGAAAGCAAUGCAAUAAGACUCUUCAUCGUACAAA